GUGAAUGUUAAACAAUGGAAGAAGAAGAGUGUGAAAAAUUCAAAACAAACAAGAAAGAGAUUUAUUUAAGCAAGAGUAAUUGGUGGUUUUUAGUUUCUAGAAUGGAAGACGAUGAGCUAAAUUUGAUGAUAUUGAUGAACUGUGGUGCUUUCAUGACCAUCAUGGAAUAUGGCAGCAACAAGAAAAAUCGCAGGAAAAUGUGUCAUUGGGUGAGCCCUUAUCUCAAGGCAAGAAAUGAGAAGGGGAGGUUUGCCACCGAUUUCGAAAACUUGCGGAAUGAUCCAGCUCGUUUCGUGGAAAAUUUCCGCAUGCCGCCAUGUAUUUUUGAUGAGCUUUGGGAGAUGCUGGAGCCACAUCUGCUUCCAAAGCGAAAUAGCAGACCAAAGGAUUUCAUCCCAGCUAAAGCCAAGUUUGCAAUUGUACUAGAGUACCUGGCUUCUGGAGAUUUACAACGCCAUAUUGCCUCCUGCUACCGAAUUAGUAAGCAGCAUUUUGGAAGAAUCGUGUCCGACGUGUGUAAGGCAAUAUGCUGCGAUUUGAAAAAUGAAAUACCAGAGUGAACUGAACACACGUUGUUGGAAAUAUCUAAUAGCUUCCGAACGCAAUGGAAUUUUCCGAACUGCGUCGGGGCUAUCGAUGGAAAACACAUAUCUAUCAAAGCCCCACCAAAAUGUGGAAGCGUGUUUUAUAAUUACAAAGUAAGUAAAUAUGUCUGUAUAUGUAUAGAUUAUAAUACCCUCGUACGCUAGGAUAUGAAAAUGAGUAAAAUCGGUUCAGGAAUUACCUCAGCCCUCACAUACUAUAUAUGCCGAUUUUCGUUAUUCUAUUGGGCUUUAUGAAGAAUA